AUUGUUUGCCAUUUCCAGUUUCCAGUAAUGGGAAUGAUUACUUGAUCCAGCCAGUUUCUAUUGAAGAUCUGGGAAAACUUACACAUUUUAAUGGCAAAAUUUGGUCUGUUUCCAUAAAACAACAACAGGAAAAAACACAACCUGGUUUUGGUACCUGGAGGCAUCACCUCUGAUGAUGAAUAUUGUUUUAUUUUGGAACUGAGUGUCUGCUCUUCAGGAACGAGAUGUAUCUUGCUUUUCUGGUGAUUCUCUUGCAGUGUUCAGAACUUUACACUCAGGAGAGAGUUUUUACUUUCAACACAGUUGAAAUCAAGGUUCAGCCAUCUGUCGAAGUAAAGAAUGGAGCUCCUAUGUCAAUUGUCUGCCAUGCCGAUAUUAGCAAAAAUACUGAUUUCCGGCUGAAGCAUAAUUUUACAAUUUUUAAGGAUAGCAAGCUUGUGUUCACGAGUGUAUCAGACAAAGGAGAUGCACAAUAUGAAAUAGCUAUGGCUAGAUCUUCAGAUACAGGAGACUAUGAAUGUGCUGUGGAAGCAGGCGGAAAGACAAAAUCUAGUAACUCCUUACAUGUUUGGGUAACAGGAAUGACCAAGCCAAUCCUGACUGCUGAGAAAAAAGAAGUUUUAGAGGGCGAAGUUGUGAAGUUACGUUGUGAGCUGCCAGAAGAAGUACCUCCUUUAGAUUUCGUUUUCCGGAAGAUAAAGAUGAAUUCAACACCUAAAGAAAAACAUGUAUUUGAACCAUACAGAAAUUUUUCUGUAGUGGGAUUUUCUGUUGAAGAGGGAGAUAAUAUUUUACAAUUUGAUUGCUUUGGUAGCAGAAAUGUAAAACUCAAAUUUGAAAGCUCAGAACAUAGCAACAAAACACUUGUUACAGUCAGGGAACCAUUUAUAAAGCCUACUCUAAAUGCCAAGCCCUCAAGUAAUAUUACAGAAGGAGACAGAAUACAGUUUGAAUGCUCAACUGUGGUAGCCCGAAUGCAUGACAUUGAAAUCAUACUCCAGAAAAACAAAACAAUACUGAACAGUGUACGAGAUGAAAAAAUUUUGAAAUACUCUGCAGUAGCUACUCUAGAGGACAGUGGUGAAUACCUGUGCAAGGUGGAGCAAGGGAGAGCGUCUAAAACCACCAAACUCAAUGUUGUUGUGUCAGAGUUAUUCCCCAAGCCAACAUUGACUGCUUCUAUGAGUAAGGUGGAUGAAAAUAAAGAAUUAACUUUGAGUUGCAGCGUUAGUGGUUUUCAGAAAGCUAACUUCUCUAUAUUACGGAAAAAUUCAAAUGGAGACAUCUUGUUGAAAAAUUCUAGAAACUUAACAAUGAGAGUUAAUGUGAAUGAUACUGGAUUAUAUAUCUGUAAAGCUGAAGUAAAAGGAAUAGUCAAGGAGAGCACACCUGUAAGGAUAAAUGUUUAUGCUCCAGUCUCCAAGCCAACUAUUUCAGUUGUCAGUGGUUUACCAGAGGUGGUGUUAGGGAAGCCUCUACGGUUAAUCUGCCAUUCAGUGAUGGGAACACCACCAAUAACAUUCACAUUCUACAAAGGAAAUGAAGUUAAGAAAACAGUAACUAAUGACACAUAUGCUAUGUUCUUGGAUGAAAAUAUUAGACAAAAUGACAAAAGAGGAUACAAAUGUGAUGCUAGAAAUAAUCACUCCAGUGGUAUGAAAACUAGCAAUAUUCUAAACAUCACAGUAAUAGUACCAAUCCGGAAUGCCAGCUUGGGCAGUUUUCCGUAUGGAGAAGUGGAAGAUGGCAGUGACACUGCUUUUCUCUGCUCUGUGAAAGAAGGAUCUUGGCCAAUUCACUUCAGGAUUUUUAAAAAAACUGAUCAUGAAGUUCUUGUGUAUGAAAGAAGUGAAAAUGCAGACAGAAUGAUGUGGCAGAAGAAAGGAAUGAGCAGGGAGGACACAGGAACAUAUUACUGUGUGGCUUCUAAUCGAGCUAAUGUGGAUGUGAAAAGCCAUCCAAUAACCAUCAAUGUCAUCUUAGCGGCUUGGCAGAAAGGACUCAUUGCUGCAUUUGUCCUAAUGCCUAUCGCAGGAGCAGUAACUCUCACUUUGUGGUGGUUUUUGUGUAAGAAGAAAAACGCUAAAGGACCAUCCAUGGAGAUGUCUGGUUCUGCCUUGGCUACAAACUUGACAAGUGAAAAACUGACAAGACAGCACAGUGAUGGAGACUACUAUUCAGGAUCAGGUUACAUUGAAGAUAAUGAAAAUCACAUGAAAGCAACAGAUGAGAGUAAAGUGGCAGCAGGAUCAGGCCCACAGCUCAAACGAGCAUGCAGUCCUACAAAGAAACAUCUUCUUGAUAUUUUUGGGGCAGGACCUGACCUUGAGAGUGCUGAGGUGGAGUACACUGAAGUUGAAGUAUCAACGCUUGAUCCUCACAGAGCUCCUGUACAGAAGGGGACUGAAACAGUUUAUACUGAAAUCAGAAAAGCUAAUAAUGAAUUCAGGUCUAAAGACGACAGUGAAGCCAUUGGGCAAGGAAAGAACUGGGGAGGUUCUGGGGACACUAUCGUUUCCGUGUUUGACAAGCAGAAGACAGGCACACAGGCACUGUGGAAGGAGCGUGGCAUUCAGGAAGCUCAUACUCCCCUCUCUGCCCAUAGUCGGAAGCAGCUGAAGCCCCCUGGGAAGCCUUGGCCUUGCAAGCAGCAGCUCCUUCCACGAAAGGAUUUAGUCGGAGGUGACAGCAGUAAACGUUUGCCGGCAAAACCUAUACACAGAGUUUGGAGGACAAAGCCCAACCAAACGCACCGUUCCCUGGAUCUGGCUGCUUAUAAAUGCGGUCAACAGAGAAACAAGGAAUUCGGCGGUUUACCACCACCACCACCGGCGGCAGAGAACGGCCCGCCCUGUCGACGGCCUCACAAACCCACCCUCGUUUCCACCGGGGCACUCGUUGUUCGUGGCCGUUUUUCCAAGUGA